GCGUGGAACGUGAUAAAGCUAAAGUUCUUUACGUCUGAAAUGAUUGUGGAAGAAUAAAGCGGUUAAUAAAUUUUAUAACAUUUUUGCACGAUAUAAAUUAUUUUUUACUUUUAUAUAAAAUUUAAUUAUACCAUUAAGUAUGACAGAACACAAUUUUCCUGUUUUACAAAAUGAUCGAAUUCUCAAAACAAUUCGUGGCGAACCAGUAGAUAGAGUUCCUGUAUGGAUUAUGAGACAAGCAGGACGUUAUCUUCCAGAAUUCCAAGAAGUUCGUGCCAAGCAUGACUUCUUUGAUGUUUGUCAAAAUCCAUCAUUGGCAUGUGAAGUAACAUUACAACCUAUUAAGCGUUUUGAUCUAGAUGCAAGCAUUAUAUUUUCUGAUAUUUUAACAAUUCCACAAGCAAUGGGUUUGACAGUUGAAAUGGUUCCAAAAGUUGGGCCAGUUUUACCUCAUCCUUUAAAUGAUCCAUCAGAUCUAUCACGAUUGGUAAAACCUGAAGUAGAAAAAGAUCUGAAAUAUGUUGGAGACGCAAUAACAUUAACUCGUCAUAAGUUAGAAGGAAAGGUUCCACUUAUAGGAUUUACUGGAGCACCUUGGACAUUGAUGGGUUAUAUGAUACAAGGUGGUGGUAGUUCUACAAUGGCUAAACCACGCACAUGGCUCUACAAAUAUCCAAAUGAGUCACAUCAAUUGUUAAAACUUAUUACUGAUGUAGUAGUAGAUUAUUUGGUGAUGCAAGUUAAAGCUGGUGCUCAGUUAUUGCAAGUUUUUGAAAGUAAUGGAGAUUAUCUUAAUGACGAGCUAUUUUCCAAAUAUUCUCUUCCAUAUCUCAUAAAGAUCAGUAAUGAAGUAAAGGCAAAAUUAAAAGAACAAAAUAUUAUGCAAGUGCCGAUGAUUGUUUUUCCUAAAGGUGUAACAAUGAAUUCUUUAGAAAUGCUUGCAAAGGUGCAAUGUUAUGAUGUAAUAGGUUUAGAUUGGACUGUAGAUCCACUGGAAGCAAGAAAUCGACUAGGAACUAAUGUUACUUUACAAGGAAAUAUGGACCCAUGUGCAUUAUUUGCUACUCCAGAUAAUAUUAGUCAUAGAGCUCAACAAAUGGUAGAAGUAAUUGGUAAAAGUAGAUAUAUAGCAAAUUUGGGUCAUGGCAUUUUACCAGAUACGCCGAUCUCAUCAGUCGAAGCUUUUAUAAAAGGUGUUCAUGAGGUAUAAAUAUAUAUGGGAUAUGAUAAUGAUAAAUAUGUAUAAUAUAUGUGUACAGAAAAAAAUACGAUAUAUAAAUGUAUUUUUAAUAAAA